GGACUAUCAAUAUUGCGGCGUGUCGACCUGUACAACUGCGGAACUCGAUAGCCGCUACUUCACGUUCGAACCUAAACCCACCCGAGCUGUAGAUGCCAAAUGGCGUUUAUCGAUAUUGAUAAUAAGCCUCCAGGCAAUCGAGAACGCCGCUGCAAUACCCUGACUACAUGGCUUAUCUGCCCCUUUGGGCUCUACAACUGUCAUUCUUCCAUUCAGGAACCGUCGACUUCUAUUCGUAGCGCACUCUGUAGUACAAGCAGGACAUAAACCUUUCUUGGACUACAAUGACCUUGUGAUUUGAGUGAUAUAGUCGCAGUUUGGCACAUUAAAAUUUGGCGACAGGGGUAUAUUACUUGUCUUCUGCUCAUCGCUCUUCCUCAAUCCGAGUCUCAUUUCGUCUCAUCACUCAUCACCUUCACAUCAACUCAGCUCACGCUAUGGGACCUGGUCUUUGUGAUAAUUGUCAUGCGAAACCGAAACACGUUGAGGGGACACACGUACAUCAAUAUUGUGGAAAAAAAUGUGCUGCAAGCGCUCAGGCUCACAAGCAUCAGGCUGGUGGACAUGGUGGGCAUGGUGGGCAUAAUGGACACAACAAUACUCACCAUGUCAAUAGCGCUACGAUAUGUCUGAUGUGCCGCAAAGCGCCAAAACACGGACCGUCUCAUUUUUGCUCCAACAAAUGUGCUGCUCAAGCCGAGAGUAAAGCGAUCUGUCUUCUCGAAGUCCCGCAAGGCCAUGACACUUUCAAAAGUGUGGAACACCAGUUCAAAGAUACCUGGAGGAUGCCUGGCCGUACUCCACCGUCUGUCAAAUAUGUCUAUAAAAUUGUUGAGCCCGCAUCUCGGACAGCUAAAUACAACCAUUAUCGUGCUACCGUUGAGGCGCGAGGGCAAUUUACAAAGCAUAAACUCACAGCCGGAAAUGAGUGUCGUCGGUGGCAUGGGACGAGACGGGAGUGUCAGCUUGGAGAGCCAGGUAACACGACUUUUUGUGCCUCCACCACAUGUGCACUAUGCAGUAUCAUCAAAUCUUCUUUCAACCUCGCAAUGUCACGCGGUGGAAGAUUUGGAAAUGGAAUCUACACUUCUUCCACGUCUUCAAAGUCGGAUGGCUAUGCAUCCAACGCUCACGCAUCUCCCGUGAAAGCAAUACUGUUGAACAAAGUUGUGGUGGGGAAGUGCCACAAAAAUCCGGGGCUCAGCCCAACGUUAAACGCUGCACCUGCGGGAUAUGACUCGGUUGUAGCUCCUGGAAGUCAGGUUGCGGCAGAUGAGCUCAUUGUGUAUGAUAAUGAUGCAGUGAGGCCGUCUUUCCUCGUCGUGUAUCAACCCUAGGGCAUCUUGUCUGUAUAUCUCUAACUGAAUGCGUAAUUGACUUGGAACUCAGGCCCU